AGGCUACCUCUUGGUUCUCGCAUCACGCGUCCACUUCAGUGAGUUGGGUUACUGGAGCCUAGAUCCUCGUUAGAGCGGCAGCAUCAUCAACGCACUGUCAUCCUAUGGACAAUAUUCAAGCUGGGGAAAUAGAGUGAAAGCCAUAUCCGUAGUUACGAAGAGCAGUCCAUCAGAAAACCCCGCUCAACUCUCAGAUACCUUGACCCUUCAAAAACAUGGAGGACAGCUACCAGAACAAGACGGCCUUCAUAAAGGGGGCCAAGGACAUCGCCAAGGAGGUCAAGCGUCAGGCGGCCAAGAAGGUUGGCCGCGGAGUGGACAAGAUGACGGACGAGUACAGCAAACGCUCCUACUCCCGCUUUGAGGAGGACGAUGACGACGAUUACCCUGGCGUUCCUGGGGGCCAGGAUGGCGGCUACUACCGCGGCGACAGCCAGGCAGCCAAUGACGAUGAAGGUGGCCACAGCGACUCAACAGAGGGCCAUGACGAAGACGACGAGAUCUACGAGGGCGAGUACCAGGGCAUUCCCAGGGAUGGUUCAGGCAAGGCUGUAGACGGCCUAGCAGGGGUGGGCAGCCCUACUGGACGAGAUGGGCAGAACUUCAGGGACAUGGCACAGUUCGAGGGGGAGCGCCGGAAAGAUCAAGAAGAGCUGGCCCAGCAAUAUGAGAGCAUCCUACAGGAGUGCGGCCACGGGAAGUUCCAAUGGACCCUCUACUUUGUUCUGGGGCUGGCCCUAAUGGCGGACGGCGUGGAGAUCUUUGUGGUGGGCUUUGUGCUGCCCAGUGCCGAGAAGGAUAUGUGUCUGUCGGAGGAGAGCAAGGGAAUGCUGGGUCUGAUUGUUUAUCUGGGAAUGAUGGUCGGGGCUUUUGUGUGGGGCGGAUUGGCUGAUCGGAUUGGCCGACGGCAGUCCCUUCUCAUCUGCCUUUCCAUCAACAGCGUAUUUUCCUUCUUCUCCUCCUUUGUCCAGGGCUACAGCACCUUUCUGUUCUGCAGACUACUUUCUGGUGUUGGGAUUGGUGGUUCCAUUCCCAUUGUGUUCUCCUACUACUCUGAGUUUCUGGCUCAGGAGAAGCGUGGGGAGCACCUCAGCUGGCUAUGCAUGUUCUGGAUGAUUGGUGGCAUUUAUGCCUCAGCUAUGGCCUGGGCCAUCAUCCCACACUAUGGCUGGAGUUUCCAGAUGGGUUCAGCUUACCAGUUUCACAGCUGGCGUGUGUUUGUCCUGGUGUGUGCGUUUCCCUCAGUUGCGGCUAUUGCUUCUCUAACCACCAUGCCAGAAAGCCCUCGCUUCUACUUGGAGAAUGGCAAACACGAUGAAGGCUGGAUGAUUCUGAAACAAGUUCAUGACACCAACAUGAGAGCUAAAGGACACCCAGAGAAGGUGUUUUCGGUCACCACCAUCAAGACUGUAAAGCAGAUGGAUGAGUUGGUGGACAUGGGAGGAGACAUAUCAACAUUGCGACGCUAUAAAUUGAAGCUAACCAGCCUAUUCCAGCAGGUGCGGAGUAACUUUUUGGCCAUCUUCAAUCCAGAAUAUAGACGGACUACCUUCAUGAUGAUGGCUGUGUGGUUUACAAUGUCCUUUAGCUACUAUGGACUGACAGUAUGGUUUCCUGACAUGAUCAAGUAUAUCCAGAAGCAGGAAUAUGCAUCGCGCACCAAGGUCUUCACCAAGGAGCGAGUGGAACAUGUCACUUUUAAUUUUACUUUGGAGAACCAAGUGCAUCGUCAAGGACAGUACUUUAAUGACAAGUUCAUCAACCUUAAGAUGAAGUCCAUGGUGUUUGAGGACUCAGUGUUUGAGGAGUGUUAUUUUGAGGACAUCACGUCUAGCAGAAGCUUCUUCAGAAACUGUACCUUCAUCGCAACCUUAUUUUACAAUACAGACUUGUUCCAGAACCGUAUCAUUAACAGCAAACUGAUAAACAGCACCUUCCUACACAACAAAGAAGGCUGUUUGCUUGACUUUACGGACGACAACAACGCCUACAUGAUCUACUUUGUUAGUUUCCUGGGCACGUUGGCCGUGUUGCCUGGCAACAUUGUGUCAGCCCUGCUGAUGGACAAAAUUGGACGCCUGAGGAUGCUGGCGGGUUCAAGUGUAAUAUCUUGUGUCAGCUGUUUCUUCCUGUCAUUUGGCAGUACGGAGUCAGGAAUGAUAGCCCUCUUAUGUCUCUUCGGUGGUAUCAGCAUAGCCUCCUGGAAUGCCCUAGAUGUGUUGACUGUAGAACUGUAUCCCUCAGAUAAAAGGACCACUGCAUUUGGCUUUUUAAAUGCCCUUUGCAAGUUGGCUGCUGUCUUGGGCAUAAGCAUCUUCCAGUCCUUCGUAGGCAUCACGAAGGCUGUACCCAUCUUGUUCGCUGCGGGCGCUCUCGCUGCCGGCAGUUUCCUGGCACUAAAGCUGCCCGAAACGCGGGGCCAAGUGCUGCAGUAGCACAAUUCACCAGCAAAGGGCAGCAGAGUGUUACCGAAGUGGCCACAUUGCAACUAGGGCCUGACCAACCAUGUACAAUCUCAGCCUAUAGUGAUUCAACAGUGCUCAUCAAAAUAGACUGUCAAAAGUGUAACAACGGUCUAAGAGGAUAGCAUCAAACAUAAAAUGCUAACCAAUUUACCCAGGUUAGCUGACAUUUUACACUACAGCAAAUAAUAGCUCAUUGGGUUUGUUUCUCAAAGACCCUACAUGUUAGAGUAAAAUCCUGCUAACAAAGAUAAAUAGUUUAUUAACCACUGCCAAAGGAUACCAGAUAUGGAUAGACAGCUACCUGCCUAAUUAUGAUACACUUCUCAUAGAUAUUGCCCAAAAAACAUUCCAGUAGACAUUCAAUCAUAAAUUGCUGAACAUUAACUGUUUUCAGCUUUGGAUGAUAAUAACAUUCAUUGAUUUUACUUAAGUGUUUCUGUUUCUAAUCUGAAUCUACUUAAUGAAGGCUAGUUGUAUGAUGGAAGUCUGUUGGUAGUUUCAGCCAGUUGCUUUAAUCUAAUCUGCUUGGUCCUGUUGGAUAAGCAAGGAAGAGGUGACAAGAAUCGUCGUUUUAAUUUAUUUGUAGCUUUCUCUGAGAAUACUAUUAAAUAGAACAAUUUCCUGUACUAAUUGAUAUGCACCAAGCCCUUUGCUUAAAAAAGAAUUACAUUAUUUGUUCAAACUUGGCAUUGAUACUAGUAAUUUUAUCAGAAAAUGGACUGUACAUGUUUGUUGAAGAUAUAUUGUAAAAACAAAAAAAACUGAAAUAAUUACAUGAUCAAUGUAUAUAUUUUAAUGUACUUAUUGAUGGCAAUGGCAAGGGAAUGGUUUUGCCUCUAUGGACUCAAAAAAAUGACUGUAUUUCCACAUCGGAUUUACAUCAAGCAGUGAAGUAUAUUUCUAAAUAGUUGUAGGUUGUUAGUGUGUGUGUCUGUGUGUGUGUGUGUGUGUGAGAGAGAGAGAGAGAAAGAGAAUGGGAGAUGGAGAAAGACUUACUACAUCUUAUGUACACCUUUGUGAUAUCUUUGUCAUUUGUUCUGUGUCUUGAUAGCCCCGGAGGCACUCAUUUUAUUCAUGUACAUUGAGAAAGUACAUCACUACAGUUGUGUUAAAAUCUAAAGGCAAAUAUGACUAACACAUUGUAAGACUUCAGUGGAGAUAUCUUUUAAUAUAUUUGAAAGGUAGAAAACCAUAAUAAAGAAUCCCACACUAAUUCUUACUAUAGAGUAACUUAAUGCAGUCAAUGAGUCUGGCAUUAUAGCACAUUAUUCUUGCACAUUUGGUGAAUAACAUUCCUGUUAGCCAAGGCCAAAAUGCUAUGACUUCAUACUGAACAUUAUACCUAGGAGAACCAAAGUCUUAAGUUGUGAAGCAAUGCAUUUUUAUUAUUAAGCACAAAGUGAUCUAUAGCCGGUGUUACAAAGCACAUUGCCCUUCAGUCAUUCCGCUCAUGGAAGUAAAACCAUAGCAACUAGGCACUCAGAUUCAGUUAAAGGGCUCAAUUAAAAGAAAACAGCAUUUGGUUUUUCCAACCAUAACAACGUAGUUCUCCUGUUAUAACAAAUGGGCACGUUUUGUAAAAAGAACAUCCCCUCACAAAGUGAGAUGCUUUCAGUUUUCAGAAUAAAAUAUGUGCUUAAGGGCAUGUACUUGGCACGGCAGUCUUGGUCGAAUCUGAAUGAAUCUGACUACGUUUUUGUUGUUUGUGUGCUUACUUGUCACAAUGUCCCCACCAUCCCUUAAAAUCUUUGUGUCAUGAGUUUUGUGACAAUCAGUGAGAGAGAGAGCUGAUGGUGAUCACUCAAUUGCUUAAGUGUGGUGUGAGUGUAAUAUCUGAAUGCUGGAUGACUGGGCUCCUUCAAUGUGUUGUCAAUGUGAUUCCUCUGUUGCUGUGUGCUUGCCAUAAGUAUCUGAUGUGGUAAUGCAAUGAGUUAUUUUAAUUGGAGCUCUAUAGUGUUGGGUAUGUCUUUAUAUUACAGAUUUUGUUAUUUGUGUGUGCAUCUGCAUACAACGGACACAUUUGUCCGCGACCCGUUGCGUUUGACUGAGUUUGUGAAAGACACGUGUAAAACAGUGGGUACAUGUUCGAGAGUGUAAAUUGAGUUUGUGAUCUCUGUUGUGAUUUGUUUGAGUGCCAAAUAUUUUUCUAUUUCAGUUGUUCUGGUGUUGUCAUCCAUAAGACUGAACACAGCUCAGUAGGGACCGAAAUAACAUAUCUAUGAACUAAAAGACUAAUGCAAUAGAUAUUUAGAUCAGUGUGAUGUUUUUUGUAGUGUCAAUAUCGGGCGCUCUUUUGCUGAUUUGGUUUUCGCCAAACAAAACUUAGCUGAACCCGGAAAAUACAGUUUGCCUCUGUGCUUGCCCUCUGUGUUGCGUAGAAGUCAUGGAAGAAAGCGCAUUGUACUGUAUUCAAAGCAAAUUUAAAUCAUAUUUGAUAACAAAUGCAGAAUGGUUUUGAGGAGAGAUACCUUUUGUACUUUUCUCUGAUCUUUAUCUAAUACGAAAGAUCCCUUUUCCAGGUUUGUGAAAGUAGCAGGGUGUCAAGCAUGCCUGUGGUGUCUGAUCUCUGCUCCAUAUACAUGAUCUGUUUGUCUAAAGCAGGAGCAGCUUUGUAUUGCUGUCGUAUGGUGUAACUGGAUUUCUGUGUACAGUAUCCAUUCUAUGAUCGCUUUAGAUCAGAGUGGGAUGACUUGUUGCAAGUUUAGUCUGUUUUUGAAAGUAAGGCGUUUCUGUGAGUCUUGGUGAUCCUGUUCUUUACUGUUAAAUGGUUGUACUUUCUCUGCUUUCAGUCAGGGCGAUAAGUAUUGGUAUUACAUAGAUAAAAUAAAUCAAAGCAGUAAAAUCUUUCUCCCUUUCUAAGUGAACAUACACUAAUAUAAUUGAAAAGUAACUACUGAAAAAAAACCUCCAUGUCCUCAUCAAAAGAGCGCCCUCAGUCAAUUAAAGCUCAUGUCCAUUUAGAUAAAACUGCCAUUAUUAAAAUGACUUGAACGUCAACAUAAUUUCAUUGUACUGUGUGUAGAAACAGUAGGUAUUUGUACGUAUGUAUAAGUAUAAACUAUGUGGACAAAAAAGAUCAAGGAAAACACUGACAAUUAUCAACAUGACAGAACACUUGUAUGUUGUCUUUGUUUUGUAAAUUACAUUUAAGGAUAAAAUAUUUGAAUAAAUGUGUCAAUAAUCUCUCUCAAGGGAUAUUGAGAAUUUUUGACAGUGAUGCUAACAAGGUGCUGUAUUUAUUUCAUGUCAGACUUGUUAUUUAUGCUGGUAUUUGCACUUGUGUGCCAUUUAUCACUCCAGUUCUAUGAAGAAAAUAAUAAACCACUAUGGAAAUUAAAAAUAUCAUUGCCCUGUUGUACGAUUUUAUAAAAAGAAGUUUGUGUUUUUGUGUCGUCCUAGGAAUUAACACAUUAUGGUCAUCAUUAAAGGCCGUGGUUGUAAAUUUGUUCUUAACUGACUUGCCUGGUCAAAUAAAGGUUCAAGGAAAUAAAAGAUUCAGCAACGCAGUGA